AUGAAUCGUUUCAAAAUGGAUAUUCAGAAAAGUAACGGUUGUUCCGACCAGUGCGAGAGUGCUACAAAAAUAACGGAUUUUCGUUUAAGACCACCAGACCCCGACGUUUACAACAGAUCCUUCGCGGAAAGAGCUAUAAACAACUCCGAUUUAGUUAUCAAAAUAAACGAAAGCUUUAAAAGUAACUCUAGCUUGUUCGAAGACUUUGAUUUUUACGGAUUAUCGAACUGUAGUUUCAACAGCACUUGUGAAGUGAGUGAAUAUAAUUUGUGGGCGUUAUCAUUGUUGGUGUUCCCGUUGCUAACGUUAUUCGGUAACGUGUUGGUGAUAUUGAGUGUGGCGCGGGAGCGGAGUCUGCAGACUGCGACGAACUAUUUCAUAGUGAGUUUGGCGGUCGCUGAUCUGUUGGUGGCGGUCGUUGUGAUGCCGUUUGGAGUCUAUUAUUUGUUCAAUGGCGUAUGGGGUCUGCCUGCGGUGGUGUGUGACUGCUACAUCGCGAUGGACGUCACCUGCUCCACUUCCAGCAUAUUCAACCUGGUCGCCAUCUCUGUCGACAGGUACAUAGCCGUAACUCAGCCAAUCAAAUACGCGAAGCACAAAAGCAAUGCUCGUGUAUGGACAAUGAUCGGUGUUGCCUGGCUGGUGUCUGGUGCUAUUGGCUCUCCCAUCGUGCUGGGGCUCAACAACACCCCAGAUCGAAGCCCCAACCAGUGCCUCUUCAACAACACUGACUACGUCAUCUAUUCCUCGCUGGGAUCUUUCUAUAUACCCUGCAUCAUUAUGAUGUUCCUGUAUUAUAAUAUAUUUAAGGCUAUACGUCAAAGAGCGAAAAAACAGCGGGUAGCGAAGAAAACUUCAUCAGCAUUAGGAUCAGCAGUAUCAAGCGGGGCUGCAGCGGUGGUGAUAGAGAAUAUGGCUCAAACCCAGCGCCUCACAGAAGCGCUGCAAGAAGACAAACCAACCAAUACUGCUUCGGGCAGUAAUGAUGAAGUCGAUGACGAUGAUGAUAACUUCGGAAGGACAGAGAUGGGAGCAUAUGCGGAAGAGCUGGCGAAUACCAGAUCAGCGCGGUUCAUGCUGGCAGCGGUGGUAGAAGAGACUGGACUGAUCAUGGCUAAUUUAGCCUCACCCAUACCCAUGAUGGACCCAAACACCAACAAUGACUCUGGGUACGCGCCCUCCAACAUUGACGGGGAGACCAAGGAACACACACCUCCAGCCUCGCCCACGCCGAAAGAAGAAAAGAAGAGCCAAGAAGAGAAGACUGAGCCGCCCAAGAAACCAGAACUGAAGAAGAAACUUAGCCGUCUGGGCAGCAGUUCAAUAAUCACCACGCCCAGGAGACGGUUUAGGAGUGCAGCGUCCGCUGCGAGGUUCACCAUCUUCAGGGCCAACCGCGCAGGGAAGCUCAGAGCUAAGUCCUUCGCCAAGAAAGAGAAGAAGGCCACUCAGACCCUCGCUAUUGUAUUAGGAGUCUUCCUCUUUUGCUGGGCGCCGUUCUUCACCUGUUCAGUCCUGGACGCCCUUUGCUCCAAACUAGGGCUGCCGUACUCCCCAGGGGUGACGGUGUUCAUCCUCACCACGUGGCUUGGCUACAUCAACUCAUUCCUCAACCCUGUCAUCUACACCAUUUUCAACCCUGAGUUCAGGAAGGCGUUCAGGAAGAUACUCCAUUGCGGCACCUAGCCCGGGGACUUCUACGUUGUGUACGAAUGAACUGCAAUCAAAAGUGCAGUGAGUGAUUCAAGGUUAUAGGGAAUGUAUUUAAUCUGUUUGUGAUUAUUGAAGAUCUGCACUAACAAUUUGAUCAAGAACUGUGAAAUGUGAAGUGGACAGUAAUGACUAAUGAACUUGUGAACUUUACGUAUUGAAGUGAAAGACAAAAUAG